AUGGCCCGUACCAAGCAGACCGCCCGCAAGUCCACCGGAGGCAAGGCUCCCCGCAAGCAGCUGGCCACCAAGGCCGCUCGCAAGUCGGCGCCCUCGGGCACCGGUGGCGUCAAGAAGCCCCACCGCUACCGCCCCGGUACCGUCGCUCUGCGUGAGAUCCGUCGCUACCAGAAGUCCACUGAGCUGCUGAUCCGCAAGCUGCCGUUCCAGCGCCUGGUCCGUGAGAUUGCCCAGGACUUCAAGACCGACCUGCGCUUCCAGUCGUCGGCCAUCGCCGCCCUGCAGGAGGCCGCCGAGGCCUACCUGCCCAAGGAUCUGCAGCUGGCCCGUCGUCUCCGCGGCGAGCGCUCGUAA